UAUUUUUGUGCCCCUGUGAACGGGACUUUUAUUUUGGUUUGGCGAUGUGACGUCAUAAGGCUGCGCCGCGCUCCGGCAAUUUGUUGUGAUUCGACUGAAGACAGAAAUCCAUGUGACACUAUUACAAAGAUGGAGUUCAUUAAAGAGGAGACCGAAGACAUAAAGAUUGAAGAAGCAUUUGAAGUGAAACUUGAAGAUACUGAUGAAGAUAUAGACCUGAUGGCGCUUAUAGAGGAGAGUAGAGAUCGGUAUAAGAAACGUGACUGCGUUACUGGAGAAAAGUUAAGUUGUUCACAGACUGAAGAGACUUCCUCACAAGAAAAAGCUCAGAAGACUCGAAUUAGAAAUCGUGUCAGCUGCUCAGAGUGUGGAAAGUGUUUCAGUCAUCAAGGAAACCUUAAAGUCCACAUGAGGGUUCACACUGAAGAGAAGCCUUUCACCUGCCAACAGUGUGGAAUCAGUUUCACUCAGCAAGGAUGCUUUGAUAGACACAUGAGAGUUCACACCGAAGAGAAGCCUUACAGCUGUGAACUGUGUGGGAAGAGCUUCACAGCACAACUAAGCCUUGACUAUCACAUGAACAGUCACACAGAUAGGCCGUUUUCAUGUGAUCAGUGUGGAAAGCGCUUCAGACAUAAAGCAACCAUUAAUAAUCACUUGAAGAUUCAUUCAAGAUUGGAGAGUUUUACAUGUCGUCAGUGUGGAAUGAGUUUCACAGACACAAAUCACCUCAGGGAUCAUGUAAUAACUCACACCGGAGAGGAGCCUUACAUGUGCGAUCACUGUGGAAAGAGUUUCACAAACAAAAGAUCCCUCAAGGUUCACCUGGUAAUUCACACUGGAGAGAAACCUUUCAACUGCCUUGAGUGUGGAAAGAGUUUCAAAUUUAAAGAGAACUUUCUGACUCACAUGAGCGUUCACAGUGAAGAAAAGUCUUUCACCUGCCCAAUGUGUGGAAAGAGUUGCAAACUUAAAGGAACACUUAAGCUUCACAUGAAGCUUCACACUGGAGAGAGAUCUUAAAUGUGUAUCCAGUGUGAAAUUUUUGCAAACAUUUGCAAACUCAUUCUGUAACAUUGCCAUGUUCCUCAGUGUGAUGAUGUUUCCAAACGCCCAAUUUUUCAUUGACUGAAAAAGUGACAUUUCUUCCUCUUUGUGGGUUUCCUUUGUUGUUUUGUUUUGAAAUUAAAGUAUUAAGA